AUGAGUUAUGUGCACUUGGACGAGCUUCCCAGCGCGGCUUCUUUUUCGUCCGAUCGCUUCGGCUAUGAAGAUAACUACAACCCUCUUGGUGACAAAAAUGGAGAAGAAAACAAAAACGCAGUCACGGAGGAUCCUCACGUGCAACGGCUGCGCUGGGGUCCGGACCCCGACGCGUUUCUUGAGCUUCGAGGCUUUCAACUGCGGCGGAGCUGCCUUCCGUUCUACGCCACCCUUUGUUGUGUGACGCUCGGUCUGUCAUGGGCAGUGCUGUACGUGUGGCGCCCUCUCUGGCGCGUACGUCUUCUCUACGCCCGCUGCCCUCUGAGCAUAGCGGGACAUGUCACCGCACGCGACUCCUACGGCCGCUUCACAGUCCGAGCAGUUACCAGAAGUCGUCUGCGACUUCCCGCUGGACCUCGACUACCGGCUCGAGAAGUCAACGUAACCGCCUUCGAGCACCAAGGAACAGUCUUUGUUUGGGACGAAGAUGGCGGCUUUCAGGAACAGCGUGGCUUGGAAAACCUCAAACUAUCCUGUAAAAGCAUCGUCGUCUGGCCCGGCUGGACGUCACAAGAGAGGUCUCAGCUCAUAACACUCCAUGGCAACAACGUCCCUAUACUGCCAAAGAGGACAGGCGUCCCUAUGUACAAAGCCUUCAAGAGUCGCCUGGGAAGACCUCAGUACGUUCUUCUCUUUAUCGGCACCUUUCUCCACUUCUUAAGGUCGCGGCUCCUGAGCUUCUUACACGCCAGCGCAGUCAUCCUCGUAGCCACGUUUCUGGAUCUGUUCACUCAAGCACGCGCCAGGAGACUCGCAAGGUCUUACGUCGAUCGCGUCGCCAGAGCGCAAGUCCGGGUCGUUGGUCUGGGCGCUGCUCCCGAAAUCAUUCCAGCAACCAUGUUGGUACCUGGAGACAGAUACGAGAUCACGUCGGGCCUCGUUCCUUGCGAUAGUGUCCUAGUCUCAGGGUCUUGCUUUGUGACUCCCCACCCUCUGUUGGCAGGACAAGCACCGUUACGCCGUGAGGCGCUGACGUCGAGGGAAGACGUCCUCGAUUGCGAUCCAUCUGGGCCUCACCGUCAAAGUAUGCUACUUUGCGGAUGUGAUAUCUUACCCGCAGGACUUGAGGCCUCUGUCCCGCCGAUUGCUGUGGCAUUAAGGACGGGUGCGGCAACGGAACUGUCACGUACACUGAAUCGACGUCUACAUCCACGUCCAAUGCCCAUGACCGCUUUGAGAAGACUGCGAGCUAUCGCAACCAUAGUAUCGUUCAUUGCUGCCAUAAUAGUCGGGACGGUCUUAUUCCUGUGGCUCGGCCAACCGCACAGCUUUACCUGGGACGAGGUCUUACUGCGUGCACUAAGCACAGCUGCGGUUGUGAUACCACCUUCGCUUCCUCUGGCGUCUAAGAUACUUUCUCAACGUGCCAGAAAUGCUGUACCUGAAAUUCAGUGUCCUUACGAAGCGACUGUCAUACCGCUUUGGGGACUAACGACGACGGUGUGUUUGGACGCGCCUGGUACAGUGGCUCCCUCCGGGGAACGCUUAUUCGGCGCUGUGCCGACGCUGUCUUGCGAGGCUCUAGGGCCAGUGGUUCGUCCAAUAACUGCUCUUACACCGAGCGAGCCACUGCGAAGAGCCGCUGCACUGUGUCCCGAUUUGUACCCUUUGGAAGACGGGGAACGGGCUCUAGGCGCGCCGUUAGACGUUGGAGCUUUCGCCGGUUCCCGCGCCGACCUCCUUGGGUCGCUGGACGAAGUGAAGCUACGAGAAGCUGAACCAGGCGAUGACGUCCGAUUGAGGCCGCUGUUAAACCCAUUCUGGAGCACGCUCAGGCUCCGCGAGUUGGCGGCUGCUGCUGCGGCUGACGAAACUGCGGCGUGUUGUACACUGCGGCACUUAUCGUUAUCGCAAGUUGAAGAAACAGAGGAGGACAUAUCUCUGCCGGCGCCUCUCGGAAGAGAAGACACUCCCAUACCGCGACCCCCUGUAAAGGCUUCUUUUCUAGCUCCAGCACCCGACGUUCCCGAUAUCUCAUUAUCCCCAACAGGAGACUACCAAGAACCUCAGCAGGACAUAGUCGUUUCCAAAGAGGAAGUCAUUGUCAAGAAAGCAGUCACCGUUACCAGACCAAGGCGUCGGAGGCUUUGCAUCUUGUUUCGGGCACUGGCAUCCGUUAUCGGAAGCAGUCUAGGCAACUGCCUCAAGUACCUAAUUCGCGUAAGCGACCCACACGACCCUCCUCCGGCAAGUUUGACACCUACCUUGCAAUCUCCGUCCCUCUCAUCCAGACAAACCUCACCAAAACCACCUUCGAUAUCACCACAUACACCAGCUCCUUCUGAAGAAUUGCCUUCCCAAUCGUCACCAAUCAAUCAACAACUUACCCAGACGCAACCCCAGCCAGACGUCGGUCGCCCUGACCACCUCAUCGUCACCCACCGCUUCACUUCCACCACAAACCAGCCCUGGAAGUGUGCAGUUUACCGGCAGCACGGGAGCCCAGUGCUACACGUCGUUACACUUGGAGACCCAUUCGCCCUGCCCGAUUUAUGCCAUUGUUCUCCUUCAUCCCUACCAGGGACCGUUGCUUCCUUACGAGAACGUGGUCUCGCUGUAGCAGGAGUAGCAGAGGGUCAACCGAACGCAGACCCUAGCCUACCCCCGGAAGACGGUACCCUUCACCCUUCCGGUCUCCUUCUAUUUGCCCCUCCAAGGCCUAGCCAAGACACUCUCGACACGAUCAACGCCAUGUUUGGAGCUGGCCUACGAGUGGUCCUUGUCAGCAGCCAAGACCUGUUCAGAAGCAUCGCCUUGGCAGAGUCCUCAGGCAUCGUACGACCAGAUGAAGCACUGAUGGUCAUCGCGGCUAGGCCUCCAAUAUCCGCAGAUCGGUGCGCGAGAAUCGAUAUCAGACCCGCUUCUGGAGACAUUAUCCCAGAGAAGGUUCCAAGGAUCCAUUAUGCCUUGACUAUGGCAACACUAGACGUGCUUGUGCAAGACUACCCGGACCUUCUCGAGACAGUGAGGACGGAUAUAAGCGUGUAUGCCGCUGCGGGUCCGAAUGACGCCGCGAGGGCUGUGAGGGUUCUUGGUACGCGCGCUGCGGUGGUUGCAGGUGGUCCUCCUCUGUCUCAAGCGGUACGAUGGGCUCCUGGUGCAAGCCUGGCGAUUGCCCCGGAGCACGGCGGCGCAGAGGAACUCCCAUCUCUUGCAGCACCCCUGGUGUCCACAACUAUCCGCUCCAUCCUCAACCUUUUACGUGUGGGCCGUGCCACCCUGGAAACCCGUGUGGCUUGCAUUCGGUUUCUCCUUGUCGUCGGCAGCUGCCGCGCUGUCACGGAGCUCCUGUUGGGGACUGAACUGGCCGCACUGACUGACUCUCAGGCCGCCUACCUGGAUACGACUACGUCUCUCGUCUCCCUCCUCCUCACGUCUCCUCGGCCACCAUUGAGUCUCUCUUCCAGCCCCGUUGUGCCAGACCCUUGGCAGGUAGCAAUCGCUGCCUUCGCACAUUGUCUUGCCUGCGUUACAUGUCAGGCGUCUUUAAUGAUCCAUCUUCGCUACUUUCUGGAAGUGGACCAUGAUCCAUACAUCACCCGCUUCGAGUCUGCUUCCGCCCUUUUUGGACUCUCCGGUUACCAAACCUGCUUCCUGGCCAUCUGGGCUCUCGGAGGACCUCCGAGACGCAGCACAGUUACCAGCCGCCACAUCGUGUGCCUAACGACAGCUGUGGUCUUCCAUACGGCGGUGAUCCUGGCGCCAGUUGCUGUAAUAAGCAGUCUCAUUUCUCCGCCCUGGCUUCCAAACGGGUCUCGAAUGAGGCAAGCCAUGCUCAUAUGGGCUGCCGUAUCGCUGCUGCUAGGUGCUACGCUGGAGCUCGUGAUUUUACCAGGAUCCUGGUUACGUCGUCUGCGAAGAGACUUUGUUGCAGACGACAACGUAACAGGAAAGAAGGCCGCAGAGACACGUCGUGUGCCUCUCUUUGGAACUCACGGACGCAAAGGAGGGUUUGAGGAAGAAGUCAUGAGGGAACGACAAAAAGGGCGUGUGGAUGGAAGAAAAGUAGGUUUUAAUGUAAAUAGAGAAGUUCCAGUCAGCGGGCUCCAGUCUCCUUCCGCAGGACAUCCAAGAAUCGACCGCGGGUCAUCUCCUGUGCUGAAGGGAAAGCAUACGCGCCAGGUCACGUGCUGACAUCUGACAUAUGUUACAGCGUUGAUGUCUGCGAAAGCAUGCCAGGCAUGUGCGCACGGAUGGCAAAGUAGUACAUGUCCAAACCAAGUGUCAGCAUGUGUGUUAGAGACAGAGGCAAUGGAAGCAUGGAUGACAGCAUAGCAUAGCAUAUAGCAGCAGUAACAACAGGGGGGGAUACUGCAUGUAGCUUUGAAGUCCAUAAAUUAUACCAGAUA